UGUCACUCAAUUAAUGUUGCUAAUUUGCUUUCUCUCUUCUUGCUGCCUCCUUUGAUCAUCCGUGCUGCCUCUUUUCCUCUCUGCUCGUUCUUCAACCCCGAACCCAACGACAUUGCUUCUCUGACACAAGCUAGACAGGGGGUUUCAAUAAUAACAGCUGCACCACCUCGAUCCACGAGCCAAAUCCCCCCCUCCCCCCUCGUUGCUCCUCUUUCGACGCAAUCGCUGAACAUUUUAAGUUGAGAAUCCCCUAUCUCGCCAUAAUCCCUCUUCCUCCCUAGUCAUAAAUCUAUUGCCACAAUCGCGUGAUAUUAUUCAACAUGGGUGGCUCAGUGUCCAAGAUAAUGGGCAAGAUCUUCGGAACGAAGGAAAUGCGGAUUCUCAUGCUGGGUUUGGAUGCUGCUGGAAAAACAACAAUCCUUUACAAAUUGAAACUUACCAACCAGGAUGUCACUACGAUUCCCACAGUCGGCUUCAACGUUGAGAGCGUUACGUAUAAGAAUGUGAAAUUCAAUGUUUGGGAUGUCGGUGGUCAGGACAAGAUUCGCCCUCUGUGGAGACACUACUAUUCUGGUACGCAGGGUUUGAUUUUCGUCGUGGACUCGAGCGACGUUACUCGAAUGGAUGAAGCUCGAUCGGAACUGCACAAGAUUAUCAACGAUCGGGAAAUGAAAGAUGCUCUUCUGCUCGUCUUUGCAAAUAAACAGGAUACCCCACAACAUCUGAGCCCCGAGGAAGUCACCGCUGCACUUCAGCUCACAAAACUCAAGGACAAGCUGUGGUAUGUCGCGCCUAGCGUGGCGACUGAGGGUACUGGUAUCUUUGAAGGACUCGCUUGGCUUUCGAACAACGUUAAGACUCAACCUCAGAAAUAAACCACGAUUCUAGCUUAAUUCGGGAGGGAGCGAUAUCCCUCAUGUACAACAAUGCCAUCCCAUCCGACUCUUUUGUUCCAUGUCCGUUUUGACGACAGAAGACGCAGCAUUUGGACUAGUUGCUUUUUCUUUCCUUUUCCCAUUUCCCCCCAAUUACGUGCAUGCCUUUCUUCCCAUUAUUUCCUUAAUCCUAUCAUGAUAUCCCACUGCUUCCCUGCGGGUUUUUGUCCAAUACCCCUUUUAAUUCUUACACCCCUUUCUUCUCGUUGGCUCGUUUUCUUUUCUUCUGUAGAAAGCAUUUACAAUAGAAGGAAUUUGACCAGCACAUAUUUCAUGUUUUGAUGUCUCAAUGUUUUCUAUUUAUUUAUAUAUAUAUAUAUAGCAAAAAAAUGUUAUCGUUACAUCUUAGUCUA